AUGUCCGAUCUUGAUGCGACCUUGGGGGCACUCUUCCUCGGAGUUUUCGUCUCAACCAUCCUAUGGGGCAUUUCUUGUUCGCAGUUGUAUUACUACUAUAACGGGUAUCCCAACGACAGAGCUUACACCAAAGUAAUGGUAUUGGCGGUUUGGGCAUCAGAUACCGCCCACCAGGCUCUCGUUACCCAUACUCUCUACACAUAUCUGAUCACCGAAUACGGGAAUCCUACGGCUCUGUCAUAUAUCACCAAAACUAUUGUCGUUGAAGUUUUGUUCAAUGGCAUAACGGGCUUUUUGGUGCAGACGUUCUUUGUCGUGCGCGUGUGGAAGCUGAGCGACAAGAAUAAUUGUUUCGCUGCUCCCUUGGGACUACUUGUGCUCGCAGAACUUGUGUUUUCGAUUGGUUACUUCUCCGAAGCGCUUUCAUUGAGCACAUACACGGAGCUGCCCCGAGUUCGGGCGCUCUCCAUUUCCAUGAAUGUCUUCGCCGCGGCCGCAGAUGUCUCCAUUGCCGGGAGCCUCUGCUUCAUGCUCAAUCGUUCUCGUUCGGAAUUCGUCAAGUCUAACACGCUCAUCAACAAGCUGAUCCUGUUUGCCGUCAAUACUGGCUUGCUGACGAGCGUGUGCGCGUGCAUAUCUCUGAUCACGUACUUUACUCUGCCUUUGAGUUUUGUAUACAUUUGCUUCUAUUUCCUCAUGGGUCGUUUGUACGCGAAUUCGCUACUAGCGACGCUAAACGCGCGCAACCGGCUUCGCAGUCAUGCUGCGACCGACGGUUCGCUCUCCCUCCCUGAUAUGCAACCGUCCGCCAACCUGGCGCGUAUCUCCCGCCAUGGCGAAGGAAUUGCCAUCCGAAUCGAGACCACCAAUGAGAGUGACAUCGCCCAGGAUGCGGACACCAGCUUCGACGGUGCUAGCCAGAAAGGGACCGCCGAGGUCUGA